AUGAGCGGGUCAUCACGAUUCACCAAACCCGGGUCUUGGUUAAGCCGUUCUCAAACAUCUCUGCCAAAUAUGACCCUUCUUCUUGACCAAAUCAGAGCCUCAAAUGCUCGCCUGACGGAAGCCACAACCCCCCGGACUGCUGUAUUUGUUGGCGCUACAGACGGCAUCGGCAAGAGAGCCCUUCUCGACUUGGUUUCAACGGGCUUCCCUCUCAAGGCCUACAUCAUUGGCCGUCAUGAGGCCCGAGAUCAGCUUCUUCUGGAAGAACUUCAUACAGUCAACAAGAAUGCCGAGCUCAUAUAUCUGGAGGGCCAGGUCUCGCUGAUGUCGGAGGUCAAACGUCUUACGGAUGUGAUUCUCGGCAAGGAACAAGCGAUCGACCUGCUGUAUCAUUCGGCCGGUUUCUUACCCUUUCAAGGACACCAAGAAACAACCGAAGGGUUCGAGUUGAGCUUCGCAGUAGCUCAUUACAGCCGCUUUGCCUUCAUCUCGCGACUGCUUCCCAAGCUACAAGCCGCGGUUAAGACAGGCCCAGGGCAUUAUCGUCCGCGUGUUAUCAGCAUCUUGGCAGCUGGCUACGAGUCUGCCGACUUGUUCUUGAACGAUCUGACCCUCAAAGAGCCUGGCCGCUUCAGCAUUCCCGCCUACGCUAGGCAUGUCGCCACCAUGGUAACCAUCUCGAUGAAGCGCUUCGCGGAACAGUCCGAGAAUCAAAGCAUCGUCUUUGUGCAUGCCCAUCCGGGCCGAGUCGCUACCGAGCUUCUCAAAAAGAGCUGGGGUGACAAAUGGGACCCCAGCGCCCCUCCAGCUGCCGCCCCCUCCGCAGGAAACUUUGACCGAUUCACGCUCGAGGAGGCUGGACAGAAGGCUUUGUACCUCAUGACGAGCGCCGAAUAUGGCGGGACCGGAGUCGGAAUCUCAAAGGAACGAUCGGCAGCGUCGACUUUGACGCACCAGACUGGCGGGUCCCUGUUCUCUGUCAAUGACAAGAUGGAAUACCUUCAACAAGAUUCGCUCCUGUCGGCAUUGGAAGCAGGAGGCGCUGUGGAGGCGAUCUGGCAUCACAGUGAAGAGACGCUUGCGCCUUGGUUCUAA